AUGGGAAUUGCACAACGAGCGGGUCAGCGCAUCGGCAGCGACGUGUGGCGCAAGUCCAUUCUGAACCUUUCGGGUGACGAGUGGAGAAAAGCUCGAGGGAUCUUUACGCCCGCCCUCACAGCAACGCAGCUGAAAACGGCACGAAAAUUUUACACAUUGCUGUUCGAUCACACGUCGCUGGACACUACGGCUGCUCUAAACUACAGCGUCGACUUGGACAGCGAAAUUGACAAGGAUCAUCCGCUGAUGAGUUGCCUCGAAGCCAUAUUUGGCAACAUGGCUGGAUGGAAGCUGCUGAUGUUAUUUCUUAUGCCUAGUGUAUACAAGGCUCUACAGCCCGACUACCCACCGAAAGCAAGUACCGAUGUCUUCAAAGCUUUUGUGGCCCACAUGAUUGAGGAGAGGAGGUCAAGAAACAAGAAAGAAGAAGACUUUCUUCAGCUGUUUAUGGACGCGGACUACGACUGGGACGACGCAGCCGCCGGCACAGACAUCAAUGCUGAGAAGAAAAAGAUGACGUUAGACGAGAUAACAGCCCAGGGGAUUGUGUUCUUCAUCGCUGGAGUAGAGAGCGUCUCCAUGUCGACGACAUUCACUGCCUAUUUCCUGGCUCUUCAUCCCAAAUUCCAGGAGAGAGUCGUCUCUGAAAUCGACAAGGCAAUCUCAGAGGGGGGACUGACUUACGACAGUCUGCAAGAGAUGCAUUACCUUGAGGCUUCUAUCAAGGAGGCGAUGCGGCUCACCUCCCCGGAUCCUGUAAUAAUGCGCCUGUGCACGGAGGAGACGACAGUGGCGGGAAUCCGUUUCACACCUGGCAUGAACGUGGACAUUCCUUUGGCAGGCAUCCACCUUGAUCCAGAGUACUUUCCUGAGCCAGAGAAGUUCAGUCCAGAAAGGUUUCUGCCUGAGAACAAGGACUCUAUUAGGCCCUUCACAUUCAUGCCGUUCGGUGCUGGACCACGCAACUGUGCUGGCUCGCGCCUCGCCCUGCUUCAGGCCAAGACUUACCUGGCUUGCCUUUUGAGCCGCUUUAGACUUGAAGUGUGUUCGGAAACAAUGAUCCCAUUGAGGUACAAGCCUCGUCGUCUUUUUCCUUUUCCGGACGGUCCAGUGGUCCUUCGAGCAGUCGCACGCCAACCCGUCGCAAACGGAGCUACUACCACACCCUGAACUUCUCUCAAGCAGCUAGGAAAAAUACAAAAACAAAUAAAAACACAAAGGCGACUUCUGCGACAUACUUCAAUCUCAUUACGCAUAAUAGAAAAAGAUGUAAACUCUGGCAAUCUUAUGAGACAAGAACAAUGCUCUUAUUUGUAUAUUGGAACAAAUUAACACUAGUUGAGAGGUAACUACCAUGAAUGGUAGUCUACCGCUAUCCCUCAAAAGGAA